AUGGCGGACAUGAAGGAGGACCAGACUCACAACGCCGAGCAUGCAGACAACGCGCCAAACGUAGAAGACGCGCGUGCCCCCAACAUCCCCAAGGACCCAACUGAAGACGCGCGCCCGCCCUCGGCCCAACAGGCUCAGCAAGUCCCAGAAGCGGAAGAUCUAGAGCCUGGCGAGGAUGAGGAGUAUGACAGCGAGGACGAUGCGGAUCCUGCCGACGAGAUGGCACAUUUCAACUGGGAAGGGCUUCAUGAGCGCUACCACGAUACCAUCAACACCGCGUCCGCGCAGGAGCAAGAGUUGCUACGGGAGUUCUCUGAGCUCGUGAAUUACUUCAAUAUUUGGGCCAAUGCUGGUGCCAAUCAAGAGUCUGAUCGCACCUUCCACCGACUGCGUACUCGCAUGACCUACGUGCAGAACUCUGAGCAGAAAUUGGAGAACACGAGGCAGCACUACAUUGGUGUUGUACAAGCGUUCGAGAGUGCGCUUAAUCUUCUUCGAAACUCUGGCUUUGGCGGCUGA